AUGGCGGUCAGGCACGCCAAUCCAAGUACUAUUUCAUCGCUAUGCGAUCAGGCCGCUCAGUAUGUUUUGCGGCGGCGAUACCGGACCCGCCUGUUAGGGGUCCUCGCCUUGGCGGCGCUGACAACCUGCUGGCUAUUGUACGGCACGUCAGACGUGCAGCGGACGGACCAAGCGCGCCACCGUAGCUUCACGAUCCCGAAAGCCCACGAGAUUUUGGACGGCGCUUCGGCAAGAUUGGACUGGGUCAGGGCACACCCGGGUCGCCUCAUCCCUGCGAACAUUUGGCAGAUCAUGCUCCCAAAAGUCUGGGGUGAGAAGUUUCUGGUCAAGCCGGACAAGUUGAAACACACGGCCACCUGGUUGGCCAUGAACCCGGAUUAUGCAUAUACUCUGGUGGGCCCGGAUGGCGCCAAGGAUUUCGUCAACCGCCAUUUUGGACACAACGAAACCAUCGUCUCCACCUUCAACGCUUUGCCUAAUGUGGGCAUGAAGUCCGACUUGCUUCGGUAUCUGAUUCUUUAUAUCGAAGGCGGCGUUUACACAGAUACCGACACGGUCGCACUGAAGCCGAUUGACGAUUGGAUACCGAAGCCGUUCCGCAAGGAGACGCGCCUCGUUGUCGGUAUCGAGUUCGACCAACGCGAUGGAGCUAAAUGGACCGACAUCCUGCAUGAAGUCCAGUUCUGUCAAUGGACCAUUGCCGCCGUGCCCGGCCACCGUGUUUUCGAAAUGAUGACAUCCCGAGUAAUUCGCUCCUGGCAGGAUUUGAAGCGAAAGCACAAUGUCGAUACGGCCAGCGGAACCCCGUCCUCGAAGUUGUCAAGCUUCGAAGUUAUGAAUUCCACUGGCCCGGCAGCAUGGACGGAUGUUGUUUGGGAGUACAUACAAGGGACGGACGACACUCUAACCGACAUCCGGAACCUGUCGUCCCUCGGCCCUCCGAAAUUGUUCGGCGAUGUGCUCGUCUUACCGAUCGAUGGGUUUGGGAUGGGCCAGUCGCACUCGGGAAGUACCAAUAACGGAACUAUUCCCGACGGGGCCCUCGCAAAACAUCUGUUUGGGGGCACAUGGAGAGAAAAGAAACAUAAAGGUCAGCGCCAAGUUUGA